AUGCCGGCACCUGCACUUCUAGCACCUCUUACCUCCCAAGCACCCCCCGGUCCCACAGCGGACAUCGAGGGUCAGUGGGUACGAGAAGAAGGAUCUCUUAACCGAACUAAUGAGCCUGGAACGCUCGGCGACGGUGGUAAUGGACCGCAAUACGAUGAUUCUCUUGCCAUCAUCAAUAAGCAGCAGCAUGGAAAUGAAGAUUAUAAUGGGCUUGGCCGCGAUAAUUUAUUGAGAAAUGAAAUCAGGCACGGAAGUGCAGUAAAGCUUGGCACUAAACUGGAAAUUCCACAGCUGAAUUUGUACGAAGAAGUGAAGGAUAACAUUGCUGAUGAAGAUGAGCAAGAUAAACUCAUGAUCUUCGCCAAACAAAAGCAAGGAGAAGAUUACCGAGAGUUCAUUGUUGAAACACAACACGUAAAUGCAACUCUUUUCCCCAAUCCUGAACUUGGCACCGGAAAAAACUUCCCUCAAACUCUGGGGACACAGAACAUCCCCCCGCCGUGCCCCACUCUGGCGCGCUGCCUCGGCUACGCGGCCUGCGUCUUCAACUUCGGCAACGAGUUCUGCCGCGGCGACCCCCUGCCGGGGAGGAGGAAGCUGCUGGACGUGAACGUGACGUGUCUCAGGAAGGAGCUGGUGCUGAUGGCACCGCCUUCGCCGCCUGCCGGGGACGGUGCCCUGCAGUUGCGACUGUCUCACGCGGAGGUCGUCAGGAGGCAGAGCCACAUCGUAAACCUUGCGUACGUUUCGUACGCAGACUUCGGUGUGCCGGACUACGAGCGAACGAAUGUCACUUCCUACGAGACAAACUUACUGCAGGUGGAGGGCGCCCGCUGCGACGUCGCUGAAGGCUACAGAGGACAGUGUGGCGGCCGGGAGCCGUCCUCUCGCCACGUGGUGGACAGUGUGUGGCAUCUGAUGGCCAGAAGUCGCGACGCAGGCUGCAGGCUGCAGCUCCUGCAGACAUUCUGCGCCUAUCAGUUCAGUCCCGCAGGACUCUGCGUGCCGCCCUUCGCCCUCGCCCCCCAACAGCUGCAGCAGCUACAGCUGCUCUACAGUCCCGCCCACGUGUUCCUGUACCACGUGGACACGCGGCGGCAGCAGCUGCGUCAGACGCUGCAGGAGGCCUUCACCGCACACUACCCUGCAGCAACGAACAUCAAGAUCCUGCCGCAAGAAGAAUCCUUCGUGCCGUCCUGGGGGAGCUACGGGAUCGUCAGGGCAGAGUUGCAAGGUCUGCGCUACUUGCUCGAUUUGCCUCACUGGGAAUUCGUGAUCAAGCUGAGCGGGGCAGACCUGCCCCUGCGGUCUCCCCAGGACCUGGGGCUGCUGCUGGCCCCCUACAGAGGGCGCAGCCUCGCCACCUUCUUCAGGGUCAAGAACUUUUCCCCCAGUGCCACCAGCCUCCAGAUGGACGUCUGGCACGGGUGCGGGGGCCACGUCUACAACGUCACGAGGGCGGCGGGGCCGCCUGCCACGUCUGACGUCGAGGUCCUGUCAGGGUCGCAGUGGUCGGUACCUCACAGGUCAUUAGUGCAGUACUUGUUCAGCGCUAACAGGUCUGCCGCGUUGCGUCGUCACCAUUUCUACUUCUCCACGUCCAUCCUCCCUGACGAGAUGUUCACCGCCACAGUCCUGCAAAACUCGCCCCUCAGGAACAGGACGCUGAACGUCUCCCUUCAUUGGCUCAAAGCUUACCAGAAGCGGUCAGCGCUGCAGCUCUGCAGGCACACUCACGAGGCCGACUUCUGUGGCCAGGGUCCAAGCACGAUUGAAUCCUCAGACUGGCCUGCGCUGCGGGAAGCUUCUCACCGAUAUUUCUUUGCCAGGAAAUUCAACACUUCUUUCAAUUCCUCUUCUUCAUCCACUCUUCCUCCUGCCACUGAAGCAACUCGAGACAAGGUCGCCCAUCACCAGAGACAAGGAUAUUAUGAAGACAUCCUGCGACACGUCAGUCACAGCCUCAUCAGACAGAUGGUCAGGAUGUCCUUGGAUAAAUUAAUCCUUCAAGGACAGUUGGAUAAAACGUUGUUGUGGGACGGAUCCGCAGACUACAAGCUACGGUUUUUGCCGCAGCUAGAGAGCCCUCACCCCUGCUGCGACCUGCCCUACCAGCUCGGCUACAAGAUGGUACAGCAUUUCUCCGCCGUCUUGGACUUCUCGCUGCCUCUGAGCGACGGUAAGAUUUUGCGUGCGCGGAGCCGCAUCAUACCGCAGAAGAUGUUCGCAUGUUACCCUGACGGUCACCUGAGAGCCUUACGCGUUACCACCUGGCCAGCCAACGCCCUCAGCCUGCGCCAUCUGGACAGCGAGGGAGCCGUGCCGCCUCAGUCGUCCGUCAACUUGCCGCUGUCAUCUCGGCCAGCUCCUGUCACCAACAUUUACGUGGAGUUAUGGCUACACGUCACCACACGCAGCGUCAACGAGGAGUGUGCCAGGAGACGCGUUACAGCUGCUGGCGCGCCCCUACAUCUGCUGCAGCUGAACAUGACAGCUGUGACUGCUGCACCUCUGCGCUAUCAGGUCGCCGUGCAAGACUACACUCAAACAACCCUGUCAGUUAAGUCAAACUCACGAUAA